CCACGCCUGCAGGGAUGGAAGGCACAGGGAAUGCAGGGAUGAGGGGAGAAGAGUCAAUACACUGCAAUGGGGUAUGAAACAGGUUAAGAGGCUGAGAUACAGACCCCCUCACAGCGAAAGCCCUGGCCCAGCCGCCCUCUCUGAGCGUCCCCUUACCCUGAUCAAUGCCAUUAAUGAAGAAGUGUAGGGCAGAGUUGGACUUCCUCGUGAGACCAAUGUGGUCGCCCUCCUAUUCAAAGCAGAAAAAUAACAGCCUGGAAUCUAUUCACAAUCAGGCCCCAGACUUGUCCUGGGAACUGGGAGAACAGAGUGGUCCUCAAGUCUUCCCACCACGCCAUGAGACGGGGAAGCAGCUCCAACGCACUCCAGUGUGUCUCAGACCACUCCGAACGCUCACGGGCAAGUCAGGCGCUGUGUGAAACCACCUCAUCCACACCAACUUGUUAAGCCUUAGGACAGUCUAUCAAAUACUACUAACAGGCUCAUCUUUAAACAUUAAGAAGAAAUAACUACCAAAGAGGAUACGCUUCUUGCCGCAGAUCAUGCCACAGGUGGCCAAACGGAAACAGGAAUUGACCCCACCUGAUUCCCAAAUCUGAGUGCCUAACUGUUGGGCAACCCUGUCUUCUCAGAAGGAACCUUCUGGCAAAAGAUAAAGGGCCUUGCUCUAGGUCAGAGAGCACAGUGCCCCGGCAGGGCUGCACAGUACCGGGUCACCCCUGGGGAGUGGCCCAUGCUUUGUGCCCACGCUCACCUGCAGCUCAUCCAGACUGAAUUCACAGUACUCCCGGCGGGUGCCCUUGCCGUUGGUCAGGAUCCCACAGCCGCUCAUCAUGAUGGUGCCUGGGGGAAGUGGACACCUGGUCAGGGUUCGGGAUCCCUGCACCUCAGCGACCACAGGCCAUGCCCCCACCCUGCCAGGGGCUGGUACCUGACUGCAGGAGAAAGUCUCAGCACUGGGAUGAAAUGAAUAUCCUGGCGACCUACCACCCUGCUGGCAAGGACUAUGGAUUUAUGAAGGUGGAUGAGCCUAGCACUCCCUACCACAGGCUGCAGGGCAGCGAUGAAGACCUGCUUGCAGGGACCUCUCACACAAUGACUCCUGAGGAGCUAGAACAGAGGUUUGCAACAAUGGACAAUUUCUGCCCCAAGGUCCUGUACAAUGAUAACAGAAGUUCAGGGUCUUCAGACAACUUUUCCAAGACACAAUCCAGCGAUUUUGAAAAGCACCGCAAGGCACACUACAAUGAAGGAAAGUUCCUCAAGGCUCAGAAAAACCUGUCCUUGGAUAACAACAAGAACAGCACUGUGGGCGGUGCCAGCAUGAGCAGCGGCGGUCGAGGUAUGUUGCCGGACCCAGAGCCCAGGCCUGUGGAGAGAGGCGGGGCAAGAGGACUGACCAGAGGAGUCAAAGAUGAGAUUGGCCUGGUGGUCAGGAACCACAUCCUAGAAGCCAAAGGUGGCUGUAAGACUGGGAUUGAUUUGGCUGACUCCUCAGCUUCCCCUGCUUUAAGAGGUCAGUCCCCAGCUUCAUCCACCACCAUUGUGAUGGAGAGGGAAAUGGAUCUGCAACGCAAGGAGUAUUAUAGCAAAGGAAGAUACCUGCGGUGCUCCCCCCACCCUGAACUUGAGGAGGAUACAGAAGAUGAGCAGCAGACCAGCUCCACAAGCCUGAACUGGGUGAUUGAGAAUCCCAUAAGCACUGAGGUCCGUCUGCUGGACCACACCGGAAGCCCUUCGCAGGAUUACAAGGCCACCGAGAGUUCCCUGAAAAUGACAGUGACGUCAUCGAAGCCUGGUGAGGACACCGGGCCACCGUCUCACCAGACCUGGCUCUUGGCAAGCUCCCAUCCCCCCAACCCCUCCUGCCUUCAGGCCAGUAGAUCGGCAACAGGUACUGCCCCAUCCUCCAGAGACAGUGGGUCCCGAGCAAUGUCUGGCUGGUGUCAGUGGCUAGUGUCCAAGGGGCUGAACUGGCAAAGCAUGGAAGGCUCAGAGAGGGAACCUGGAAGCCACCCCAACUCCCCAGACCAGAACCAGCACAGACCAUCCCCGCCCUGGGGCAGGGAGUGCGGCCACCUGCAUCCCCACCCUCCAGGCCCCAGGGCCCACUGGCCCCGGAGCAGUCAAGCUGAGAUGACGGUCAAGCUGGAUUUCGAGGAGUGCCUUAAGGACUCACCCCGCUUCCGAGCCUCUAUUGAGCUGGUGGAAGCGGAAGUGUCAGAAUUGGAGACCCGGCUGGAAAAGCUCCUCAAGCUGGGUAAUGGCCUCCUGGAAAGUGGGCGCCACUACCUUGCUGCCAGCCGGGCCUUCAUUGCCGGCAUUUGUGACCUGGCCCACCUGGGCCCACCAGAGCCCAUGAUGGCGGAGUGUCUGGACAAAUUCACUCAGAGCCUGAGCCACAAGCUGGACAGCCACGUGGAGCUUCUAGAUGCCACCCAGCACACACUGCAGCAGCAAAUCCAAACUCUGGUCAAGGAAGGUCUCCGGGGCUUCCGAGAGGCUCGCCGGGAUUUCUGGCGGGGGGCCGAGAGCCUGGAGGCUGCUCUCAUCCACAAUGCAGAGGUCCCCAGGCGCCGGGCCCAGGAGGCAGAAGAAGCCGGAGCUGCUUUGAAGAUUGCUCGAGCUGGGUACCGGGGACGGGCCCUGGAUUAUGCCCUGCAGAUCAAUGUGAUUGAGGACAAGAGGAAAUUUGACAUCAUGGAGUUUGUGCUGCGUUUGGUGGAGGCCCAGGCUAUCCAUUUCCAGCAGGGCCACGAGGAGCUGAGCCGGCUGGCCCAGUAUCGCAAGGAGCUGGGUGGCCAGUUACACCAGCUGGUCUUGAAUUCAGCUCGAGAGAAGAGGGACAUGGAACAGAGACACGUGCUGCUGAAACAGAAGGAGCUGGGUGGGGAGGAACCAGAGCCAAGCCUAAAGGAGGGGCCUGGUGGCCUGGUCAUGGAAGGACAUCUCUUCAAACGGGCCAGCAAUGCAUUUAAAACCUGGAGCAGACGCUGGUUCACUAUUCAGAGCAACCAACUGGUUUAUCAGAAGAAGUACAAGGACCCUGUGACGGUGGUGGUGGAUGACCUUCGUCUCUGCACCGUGAAGCUCUGUCCCGACUCAGAACGGCGGUUCUGCUUUGAGGUGGUGUCCCCCAGCAAGUCCUGCCUCCUGCAGGCUGACUCAGAGCGCCUCCUGCAGCUGUGGGUCAGUGCCGUACAGAGCAGCAUUGCUACGGCCUUCAGCCAGGCUCGCCUUGAUGACAGCCCUCGGGGUCCAAGCCAGGGCUCAGGACACCUAGCUAUGGGCUCCGCUGCCACCCUGGGCCCCGGCGGGAUGACCAGGGGAAGAGAUUCUGGCGGAGUCGGGCAUGUGGCAGCCCAGGUGCAGAGCGUGGACGGCAAUGCCCAGUGCUGUGACUGCCGGGAGCCCGCGCCCGAGUGGGCCAGCAUCAACCUCGGCGUCACCCUGUGCAUUCAGUGCUCCGGCAUCCACAGGAGCCUUGGAGUUCAUUUCUCCAAAGUCCGGUCCCUAACCCUUGACUCAUGGGAGCCGGAACUCGUGAAGCUCAUGUGUGAGCUGGGAAAUGUUGUCAUGAACCAAAUCUAUGAGGCCCGUGUGGAGGCCAUGGCAGUGAAGAAGCCAGGGCCCACCUGCUCCCGGCAAGAGAAGGAGGCCUGGAUUCACGCCAAAUACGUAGAGAAGAAGUUCCUGACCAAGCUUCCGGAGAUUCGAGGGCGAAGAGGUGGCCGGGGGCCCCCAAGGGGGCAACCUCCUGUGCCCCCAAAGCCGGGGACCAUCAGGCCCCAGCCGGGGAGCUUCAGAUCCAAGCCAGGGCCACCCUCUGGUGACCUGGGCAGCCUGCACCCUGGGGCCCUGCUCUUUCGAGCUGCUGGGCAUCCUCCAUCCCUUCCCACCAUGGCUGAUGCCCUCGCCCAUGGAGCCGAUGUCAACUGGGUCAACGGGGGCCAGGAGAACACCACACCACUGAUCCAGGCCACAGCUGCUAAUUCUCUUCUGGCCUGUGAGUUCCUCCUCCAGAACGGGGCAAACGUGAACCAAGUGGACAGCAACGGCCGGGGCCCGCUCCACCACGCAACCAUUCUUGGCCACACGGGGCUGGCCUGCCUGUUCCUGAAACGGGGGGCCGAUCUGGGAGCUCGAGACUCUGAAGGCAGAGACCCUCUGACCAUCGCCGUGGAAACAGCUAACGCUGACAUCGUCACUCUGCUGCGAUUGGCAAAGAUGAGGGAGGCCGAUGCGGCCCAGGGCCAGGCUGGAGACGAGACGUAUCUCGACAUCUUCCGAGACUUCUCCCUCAUGGCGUCGGACGACCCGGAGAAGCUGAGCCGGCGUAGUCAUGACCUCCACACGCUUUAAUCCCAGGCCUUGGAGGGCCCGCACCCCCCCACCCCUUCUCUCCCCACCGCCCGCCUCUCUCCAUUAAAGCCUUUGUGCU